UUCUCCAAGAUAUGAUUAAGAUCAAAGACGAAGAACUGGAGAAAAUCUUUCAAAAGCACACGGAAAGUGUUUCUAUUAUAAAUGCUUUUGGACAAGAACUUGAAAAGUCUGAACAAGAGAAGAAGAACCUUCAGGCGGAUUAUGAUAACAUGAAGAAGGAGCUAACCUUCUGCAGAUCGUCUUAUUUCAUCCUCGUCUACAAAAUAACCACUGGGGAGGAUAAACAGAUCGGACCUGUAGAUGAAGUCACUUUUAGACUUAGCGAAUACAAGUAUAGGGACUUCCUAAAAUCCCUGAAAAAUAGAAUACCAGACAUUGAGAUACUUAAUCUGAACGAUGCUUAUUCAAACAACAAAGAAGCAAAGACUUUCAUGACGACUCACUUCCCUAACAAAGUGGGGGUGUUUAAUUUUAACAAGGGCUCUUCUUUAAAGUGUUGUCUGUCCGUUUUCUUUGAAGAACUGGUGGAAAUAAGCCAGAGAGUCAUUGGAGAGUUAAAUAUUCAUGAAUUUGAAAUCUCUCAGGCCCAACUAAUAGCUCUCCUCUGCGCCAACAAGCACAAACAACUAUUCGGACUUAUCAAGUGCAAACUUGAUCUAUCCUCUGUUCCUGAUUUCGGAGGAAAUCUUUCUGGAAGUUGGAUUAAAGGGCUAGAUCUGGACGGAUGCGGAGAAAUUUGGUGCUGAAAUUGGCAAUAUAAUGGAACUCACUUUGAAAAUCUCAUUGCUGGACUUUCUCAAGAAGAGGAUUUUAAGAAGAACCUGAAGAUGAUUAAGAUGAGUGAGUGAGGAAUGGAGAAGAAUAUGGUAGAGAAGAUUUUGGAGGAUUAUGGAUUUGGGCAUGUUGAAAUUUAUAACCAUUCUAAGUAAUUGUCAACACUGAAGCUGUUAAAGAGAAGAAUUUUGUUGCUGU